GCUAAGGGUGCAUUCUCCUGACGCUGGGGGUUUCAGCAAGGCGUUCUAAGCUACUUAACAGAGGCCAAGCAAACACAAUUUAAAGAACAAAAGCUCAAUGUCCUGGCUGUGCCUCUUUAGCCUCACGUUUAAAAAGAUCCCCCGUCCAGGUCUUUGGGCCUCUGUCUCUGCUGAGCACCGGGGGCGAUCCUGAUGGAGAAAGUAAAACUCACGUCAAAUUAUCCAGACCACAAGGUCUGAAAGGAAGAGUCUGGGCUAGUGAAACAGGAUGAGCCAGCGAGACGUAGGACUCGGGCUCCAGUGAUCUCUACCUCCUGCCACUGGAGGCAGAACCCCGCAGCGCCCUCUGGGGUGGGUCCGGGCGGGCCGACGCGCUGCGGGCGACACCACUGCGGCGAGGGGAGAGCUUGGGUGCGGCGCCCUGGCUCUGCGCGGUCGCCUGCGGAGCUCUCCCGCCCCUCAUCCUAACGUCUGGACAUUCUCACUCUCUUGAUUUAAGGCACCAGAGAGGGUCCCUCGCUCUCGGCCUGCAGCAGGGCAAAUACAGGUUCAAUCCCGCACUAACUGCCGUGAACCAGCCUCGUAAUUCACCGGAGGCUCUGCGCAGAGCGCUAGAAAGCAGCGCUUGCUCGGUUGCAGCAAGGGGUGGGGGAUCCUGUACGUGCUCCGCGCGGGGGAGACGUCGGGCCGCCGCAGUCAACCUAACCCGGGAGAGGCGCCGCGACCGAAGAUGAUUGACGACUCGGCCCUCUAAUCAGUGGGGGAGACCAGGAGAGUGACGGGAAUGCGGUCCAAUCUGCAGGACUCCGGGGUGGGCCGGGGGGCGGUCGGGCAGAGCUGGGCUCUAGGCAGCUCCUAAGGGGGUGGUGCGCGCCGAGCUGUCAAAGCUUCCAGCGCUUCCGGAUUCCGCACAAUGGGGCAGAGUUUGGGGGUGUGACGGCCGGGCAGGGCGGGAGCGCUUCGGAGGAUUUUUGCAUGAAGCAUGCGCCUCACUUUGCCCUCUGGAAAAAGUCAGAACAAUGCUGCUGGAGAAAGUUAACUUUGCUUUAGUUGUUUCACACUCGGGGAAGCUGGUAACUGUCGUGGAGAGCGGCGCUCAGUUUCUCCAGCAAAUGCGUGGCUUCUUCUCCCACCGAGGGACUGCGGAUGAGUUCCACCCUUUCAUCGAAGCACUGCUGCCCCACGUCCGAGCCUUCGCCUACACGUGGUUCAACCUGCAGGCCCGGAAACGAAAAUACUUCAAGAAGCACGAGAAGCGCAUGUCCAAGGAAGAGGAGCGGGCUGUGAAGGAUGAGCUGCUGAGCGAGAAGCCGGAGGUCAAGCAGAAGUGGGCGUCCCGGCUCCUGGCCAAGCUGCGGAAAGACAUCCGACCCGAGUACCGAGAGGACUUUGUGCUCACGGUCACGGGCAAGAAGCCUCCCUGCUGCGUGCUUUCCAACCCGGACCAGAAAGGCAAGAUGCGGAGAAUUGACUGCCUGCGCCAGGCAGACAAAGUCUGGAGGUUGGACCUGGUGAUGGUGAUCCUGUUUAAGGGCAUCCCGCUGGAAAGUACUGAUGGCGAGCGUCUGGUGAAGGCCCCGCAGUGCUCCAACCCCGGGCUCUGCGUCCAGCCCCACCACAUAGGGGUGUCCGUCAAGGAGCUCGACUUGUACUUGGCCUACUUUGUGCACGCGGCAGAUCCAAGUCAAUCUGAAAGUCCCAGCCAGCCAAGUGACGCUGACAUUAAGGACCAGGCAGAAAACGGACAUCUGGGCUUCCAGGACAGCUUCGUCACGUCAGGGGUGUUCAGUGUCACUGAGCUGGUCCGUGUGUCGCAGACGCCUAUAGCUGCAGGAACCGGCCCCAAUUUUUCUCUCUCAGACUUGGAAAGCUCUUCCUACUACAGCAUGAGCCCGGGAGCCAUGAGGAGGUCGCUCCCCAGCACAUCCUCCACGAGCUCCACGAAGCGCCUCAAGUCUGUGGAGGACGAGAUGGACAGCCCCAGCGAGGAGCCGUUCUACACAGGCCAGGGCCGCUCCCCGGGCAGUGGCAGCCAGUCCAGCGGGUGGCAUGAGGUGGAGCCAGGGAUGCCGUCUCCAACCACGCUGAAGAAGUCGGAGAAGUCGGGCUUCAGCAGCCCCUCGCCCUCGCAGACCUCCUCACUGGGCACAGCGUUCACGCAGCACCACCGGCCGGUCAUCACGGGACCCCGAGCGAGCCCUCACGCCACGCCAUCGACGCUGCACUUCCCGACAUCCCCCAUCAUCCAGCAGCCCGGGCCAUACUUCUCCCACCCGGCCAUCCGGUACCACCCUCAGGAGACGCUGAAGGAGUUCGUCCAGCUUGUCUGCCCUGACGCUGGUCAGCAGGCCGGACAGGUGGGGUUCCUCAAUCCCAAUGGAAGCAGCCAAGGCAAGGUGCACAACCCAUUCCUCCCCACCCCGAUGCUGCCACCGCCACCGCCACCACCAAUGGCCAGGCCGGUGCCUCUGCCAGUGCCGGACACGAAGCCUCCGGCCACAUCCACGGAAGGGGGCCCAGCCUCCCCCACCUCCCCAACCUACUCGACACCCAGCACCUCCCCCGCAAACCGAUUCGUCAGUGUUGGACCACGGGACCCAAGCUUUGUAAAUAUCCCUCAACAGACACAGUCCUGGUACCUGGGAUAAAAGUCACCGCGUCCCACCACCCACCAGACAGACCACCCGACCCCUUCUCAACUCUGUAACCUGGACGCAACCUCAGCCCCGUGCGGCUACAACUUCACUGUCAGUGGAAGGGGAGAAAACACCAAUUCAGAUCCACCUGUACAUGGAAACAGCAAGCAUUAUGGUCAAACAGCAAAGGCCGUAACCUUUCGGGAUUUUUUAAAUACUUUAGGGACUGUUGUAAUCUCUCAUAUGGUGCUGGAAAUGGCUGGGCUUUGUAGCAUGUGAAGUGUUCCUCAGGCGUGAACUGAGGCGCUGUGGCUGGCGGAGCAUGACCCUUGCUCACGCUUCCUGUCGUAACACCCCACAGAGCCCGCUGUUUCACAGUGUUUCCUGAAUUGACCCACGCAGGUGUAGCCUCCCUGAGCAGGCAGGAGGCGCACGGAGAACUAAAUCUUUCGUAGUAGCCGAGAUCUGCAAUCUAUACUUACGGGACAGUCAAAGGGCGAUGUUUCCGUAACAUAUUGGAAAAAGAGAAUGCAGUUGGUUCCUUUUUUAUUUUUCUUUCAGUUUGGUUUGGUUCAGCCGUCAGCAGUUAAGCCCAUACCAUGGCCUGCAAGGACAGUGAAUCCGCUCACGUUGCAGAACAAUUCUGAAAAUGGCAAACUACUACUACUAUUCAGUUUUUAAAAAGUUUUGAAAUGCUGCACUUACAUUUAAAAAAAAGAACAACUCUUUUUCAACAAUUUCAACAAUGACACAAAAUUUCACGUGGAAAGGGGAGAUGGUCUGCUUUGACAGAAACUGACAGGAAACGAUCAGAACAAUCGAAUUUUGAAUUGAGUGAAGUGCAAUUUCAUCGGAUAGCUAAAUGCCUUUGUAAGAUAGAGAUUGUUGAAAAUUCUAUUUUGUUUUUCAAGUCCUUGCACCCCAGGACUCUAAAUUAUUGGGGUAAAAAACAGCCUUGCAAGAAAAAGGGGAGCUAUUUUUGCUUUUUAUGUUUUUUAUUGUUAAACUUGUAUCCCUUUAAAAACUGAAGGAAAAUUUAAAAAAAAAAAAAACAAAAAACAAAUCUAAUGGUGCUUUUACCACAAUAUGUUAACUACAUUAAAUGCUAAUUAUUUUCUGUUAUCAAAGCACAUAACUAAAAUGAAAUCAUGGUAUCUGUUAAUUUUAUAAGCUAGAUGUCACUAUCAUGAAUUAUGCCAAUUCUGAAAAUUUUUACAUGUAUCUGGCAACAUAGAUUUAUCAUCAGACACUUCAUUCUAUCAGAGAUUGUCCAGAAUUUUAAAGACCUUUGCGUCCCUGAGCUGGGCUAUGGGAAAAUGAUGAUGAUGAUGAUAUGAUGAAACCAAUACUGACACAAACGCUGGUGCCCAUUCAGAUCGAGGGUACUCGAUAAGGAAUAACAAAAAAAGUUUGCACCCCCAAAUGUCCUGUAUCUUAUGUAAAAAAAAAAACAAAAAAAAAAAACCAAAAAAAAAAAACAAAAAACAGAAACAAACAAAAAAAAAAAUGCAAGUGAUUUUUCUACCAGACAGCGAGGCGCCCUUUGCUUCCCGACAGCCUGGAGGUUUCCUCUGCUGUACACACGUACGCGUCCUGGCGGUGGCCACGCCGGCCGAGGGAGUUUGCAUGUUCUAGUGUUAGUGACUGAUUUUUAUAUAGUUAGCGUAGGCUGAAGUAGAGUGCGUUAAGACACAAUAGUGUAACCCUCCUCUAGGCACUUGCCUUUAAACUAUGUUUUCCAGCCCUUCAGAAGGGCCCUACUACUGUCCUAUACAAUCAAGUAACUGAGAUUCUUGGGAAGUCACUUUGCUCCUCAUCUUUCCCCCAAAACAAUGUUGUUUUUUUUUCCUUAAUUUGCACGAAAACAAAAAUUCCAUAUCAAUGUGCCUUGCCCUGGAUAGCAAUUAUUUGUGGAAUUGUUGCACAUGCUCCUCUAUUGAAAGGGGUUUUUCCCUGGUCAAGCAUUUGGAGACACUUUUUGUAAAUGUGACUUUUAUGUCCGCCAUCGUCGGUUUCAACACCUAGAACUAAGUAGACAGUUAGUCAUUCGCAGGUAGGAGUAGUCUUUAUUGUCCUGUGUGGUCAGUGGCAGUGCUAUUCUGAGAUCUGUAGAGGCUUAGAAUGUCAGUAUUUUGGAUGUUGCUGCAUUUUACAAUUUAUUUGGAGUCUUCCUUUAUUUCCCCCAGAUGUACGAAAAUAUGCAAUACCUGCUUAUAUCAUGUAGAGAAGCUUAGCGAUGAUUAAUUUUUCUUUUUUUUUUUUAAUUUGACCAAAGUCAGUGCUGCACUUGACGCAGUGUGUUUUAGGUGUUUGUCUUUGUACUUUUUUGUGAUUUUUGAAUGCACGUGCGCAGGAAGGGCUCCUCUUAGAGAAGCAGUCAAACUGUGAAGCACUAAGCUGACCCUGCUUCAAGCAAUUUUGUUUUUACAACUGUUCCUUUCACAAGCAAGCCUUAAAAAAAGACGACUCCUUUUCUUCAGUACCCACACCCCAUUUUUCUUAGCAGACUGCAGUCAAUCCACAUUCAAUAAAAAGUAUAUAAUGCCCAUUUUUAUAUGCACGUUUUUAAACUUCCAAGUUCUGAAAAUUGUUUACUGGUUAUCUCUAUUUAAGGGAAAAAAAAUAAAAUAAAACAUUUUGGAUUUUUCAUAUGUGUCUGGUAAGUGGUUGAAUAGUCGUUUGGCGCUGUUGUACGGUGUGAUUGUCAGCGUACGGUAUCACUUCCUGUAGCCAGCAUACUUUGCCUUCCCCGAUAGCACCUAGCUGGGCAUUACUUUAUGAUGACAUAUGUGCACUAAAAAGAAAAAGAAAAAAGAAAAACUAGCAGCUUUCAGUGCUUCACAGUGAAGGGAAAAGCCUAGACAAACAUUUUGUCAAAACCUUGCGAUAGGUCAAGGUAUUCCAGGAAAUUGGUUGUAUAUACAAUAAAAUUGCACCCUUUUUUAAACAAAACAAACUAAGCAAUAGUUUGGGCAGUUUUAGUUGUUUUUAGUGAGCAUGUUGUAGUCAUGACUGCAAAGAGGGGAUAAACUGCCCGCUCAGAAGAUAUGUAAUUUGUAUUGUUGUAUAGUUUUAUUGAUUACACUGAUUUAUUCUACCCUAUUUUGUAAUGCAGGACUUUUGUAAUGUUGUUUAAAUGAGGAAAAAUUUCUGUCAAAUUAGCCUAGUGAAA